AUGAGGAACCCUUUCGAUCUGACCGAGCUCGAUAAUGCUGUCGAAGAGCAACAAGCGCACAUUGAUAUUUCCGCCUAUCAAUCGCAUGACGGCAACCGCUCGCUACUUCAAAAUGAAAAUCGCCGAGGCGACAACCUGAAAGACCGCUUCAUUGGUGCUAUCGAUCAGGGUACUACGAGUUCACGAUUUAUUAUCUUCGAUUGCACAGGUGUUCCUGUGGCCAAGUAUCAGACUGAAUUUCGCCAGAUCCACGAGCAUUCAGGAUGGCACGAACAUGAUCCCCUCGAACUCGUGGAUUCCGUUUACACAUGCAUUGAAGAAGCGAUGAAGACUUUCCUGGCUUUGGGCCACAGCAAAUCAGAUAUUGAAGCCAUUGGGAUUACCAGCCAACGAGAGACAACACUUUGCUGGGAUUGGGAAACCGGCGAACCGUUACACAACGCGAUCGCAUGGCCUGAUACCAGAACCAAGAAUCUGGUUCGAGAGCUCAAAGGGCAAGAGGGGUCGGAUGAACUACCGGCUAUCUGCGGUCUACCUCUCUCCACAUACCCUUCUUCUGUCUCACUAGUAUGGCUUCUUCGCCAUAGCCCCAAAGUUAAGCAGGCUUAUGACGAAGGACGACUUGCUUUUGGAACUGUUGACUCGUGGCUUCUGUACAACCUCAACGGCGGGCCCGAAGCUGGUCGUCAUGUCACCGACGUUACCAACGCAUCCAGAACGAUGUUCAUGAAUCUCGAAACCCUGCAAUAUGAUGAUAAACUGCUGAAGUUCUUUGGUAUCGACAGGAAGAAGAUCAGGCUCCCCAAGAUUCUCCCUUCGUCAGACCCUGAGGGCUAUGGAUAUGUCCGGUUUGGACCUCUUGACGGAGUGCCGAUCACGAGUUGCUUGGGCGAUCAGUCCGCAGCUUUAGUCGGUCACUGCGCCUUUACACCGGGCACAGCGAAAAACACAUAUGGCACCGGUUGCUUCCUGCUCUACAACGUCGGUGAGAAACCCGUAAUCUCGAAACACGGCUUGCUUGCCACCGUUGGCUUCCAACUGGGUAAAGAUCGAAAGCCGGUGUAUGCCCUUGAAGGAAGUGUUGCUGUCGCCGGAAGUGGUAUCUCCUUCCUCAUGAACAACCUCGGAUUCUUCCGCGAUUCGCGCAAAGUCAGUGAUCUUGCCGCUACUGUUCCCGACAGCGGAGGUUGCGUUUUUGUCACUGCCUUCAGUGGUCUGUUUGCUCCCUACUGGAUUGAUGAUGCCAAGGGAACCAUCUUUGGUAUCACACAGCACACGCAGCGCGGACAUAUUGCUCGCGCGACCAUGGAAGCAGCCUGCUUCCAGACGAAGGCUAUUCUCGAUGCCAUGGCAAGGGACAGCGGACACAAAUUGUCGGAAUUGGCCGUGGACGGCGGGAUGAGUAAUUCCGACAUUUGCAUGCAGACACAAGCCGACAUCAUCCAAAUCCCCGUCGAACGCCCCGCCAUGCACGAGACCACCGCGCUGGGCGCCGCCAUCGCUGCCGGGUUCGCCAUCGACGUCUGGAAGGAAUUCAGUGAGCUCAAGAACAUGAACCGCGCCAACCGCACCUCCUUCACACCCCGCAUCUCGCCCGCGCAGAGCGCACGGAUGUACAAGCAGUGGUCCAAGGCCGUCGAGAUGUCCCGAGGCUGGCUGGACACGAGCGAGAUCGAGUCCGAGGGCCAAGAGUAA